AUGGGGAAAAGACCCCUGGAAAUGAUCAAUGUCGACGGGACUGGAAAUGAGGUGAAGAGCAAAAAUGGCAUCCAGAGCUCAGGACCAGGGAUUUGGAGCUCCCCGUAUGGCAACGAAGAGUACACGAUAGGUUGGGUCUCGGCUCUCCCUAUUGAAAUGGCCGCAGCAAAGGGGAUGCUAGAUGAAGAGCAUGGGGAUCCACAAACGCCUCCACAGGAGGCCGAUCACAAUACAUAUCUCCUAGGAGCCAUGAGUGGAUUCAAAGUCGUCAUUGCUUGCCUGCCAAAGGAUGAACUGGGUGCUAGCUCUGCCGCCGUUGUUGCAACAGACAUGCUGUUCACCUUUCCCAACAUCCGAGUUGGCCUCAUGGUGGGUAUUGGCGCAGGGAUACCCCAUUACGAUGAUAAUGAAACGCGCGACAUCCGCUUAGGGGAUGUAGUUAUAGGCAGUGAUAGGGGCUCUAGUGGGGUUGUUGUGUAUGACUUUGGCAAACGGCUACCGGAUGGCUCGUUCGAGAAUAUAUAUGCGUUGGAUCGACCGCCCCGAACGUUGUGUACUGCACUAGCCAAGAUGGAAGCAGAGCACCAAACUCGUGAGAACAAGAUCUGUCAAUACAUUAACAGUAUGCUGGAUAAGUACCCUUAUAUGAGAAAGAAAGGCUUUGCUUAUCCUGGCUCUUCAUAUGAUCAACUCUUUUGGGACAACUAUCGCCAUACCGGUGGUAGAUCCUGUGCAGGGUGUGAUCCCGCCCAACGAAUACAUCGAGAAGAUCGAUUUGACACUUCCCCGGAAAUACAUUAUGGAAUUGUGGCGACAGGAAGCGCGGUGGUAAAGCAUGCGCCAACUAGAGCGCAGAUCAAGCAGAGACAUGGCGCCAUCUGUCUUGAGAUGGAGGCGGCUGGAUUGAUAAACAACUUCCCCUGCAUCGUCAUCCGAGGAAUAUCGGACUAUGCGAAUUCGCACAAGAACGAUCAAUGGCAUUCAUAUGCAGCUGCUACAGCAGCUGCCUGUGCGAAGGAACUUCUGGGCUUUGUGCAACCGACGGCGUUGGACGCGGAACGCAAAGCUAAGGAUGCAAGUCGCGACGCUUUAAUAUCAUCCUCUUAUAUCCAUCGCCGCAAACUAACAAUAAUGAAAGUAUGCGACGAAGUGUCUCAAAUUACAACCCAUGUGACUCAUAUGAACUCAGCCAUGGAGGAGGGUGAAAAGCGAAAAAUACUCACCUGGCUCAGUCCCGUCGACUACGGCCCACAGCAAAGUGACCAUUUCAGUAGGCGACAGGAAGGAACGGGUCAAUGGCUACUCGACUCUGACCCCUUCCAACAAUGGCUCGAACAGUCAAAGACAACGCUAUUCUGCCAGGGUAUUCCCGGGGCAGGUAAAACUAUCAUGGCUUCCAUCGUCGUCAAUUAUCUGGGGAUAAAGUUCAAGGACGAUUGCCAUGUUGCAGUUGCCUAUAUAUUCUGUAACUUUCGGCGCCAGAACGAGCAAACAUCGACUGAUCUUCUUACUAGUCUACUGAAACAGCUAGCUUGCCAAACUCCUACACUGCCAAAAUGUUUGAAGAAUCUCUUUGGAAAUCAUAAAAACCAACAGACUCGUCCUACCUCUGACGAAAUCUGGACAGCAUUGCACACUAUCGGCUCGAGUUAUGAGAAAGUAUUCAUUGUCAUCGAUGCUCUGGAUGAGUGUCAGGUCUCAGAAGAUGCAACUCCCGUGAACAUAUUUACUACUUCACGAUUUAUCGAUGACAUAAAGGAAGUAUUUCAAAAGCGGAGAGCUAUAUUUCUAGAGAUUCGCGCCAGGGACAACGAUAUAGAGAAAUACCUUGAAGGGCAUAUGUCAUCUCUACCGUCUUUCAUCUCGAGGGAGUUGAGUCUAGCAAAUGAAGUGAAGGCACGGAUUGUGGAAGUAGUUGACGGGAUGUUUCUGCUUGCGAAGCUUCACCUAGACUCUUUACAAGACAAGAUAUCAUAUAGCGAUGUCAAGAAUGCUCUGAGGAACCUCCCCAAAGGAGUAGAUGCAUAUGAGAAAGCUUAUAGUGAGGCCAAGGGAAGGAUCCAAGGACAGAUGGGUGGUUUCCGAAAUCUGGCUAUGCGGAUUCUCUCAUGGAUUGUCUGUUCCAAGAGGCCUUUGAAGACAUCUGAAUUGCAACAUGCUAUCGCUGUUCAAAUUGACACCCGAGAGCUCGACAGAGACAACAUUACAGAUGUGGGACUAAUGACAUCUGUUUGUGCGGGCCUAGUGACAGUGGACAAGAGCAGUAGUAUUGUCCGAUUGGUGCACUAUACCGCACAGGAAUACUUUGAAAAGGAAUGGAGAUCUUGGUUUCCAGAUGCUAAUACAGACAUUGCUGUUACUUGCAUUACAUAUCUGUCAUUCGAUACUUUUGGAAUUGGUAUCUGCAAAACAGAUGAUGAUUUCGAGAAGAGACUGCUACUGUACCCUCUCUAUGAUUUUGCCGCAGUGUUCUGGGCCCACCACGUUCGUUCAAGUCGGGUCGAUAUGGAAGAAUUGAUUGCGAAACUUCUUAAGGAUGGAUCCAAAUCGUCAGCAGUCUGUCAGGCGAUAAUGGUUUCUGGAUCUUCCAGACAUCCAAACUAUAGUCAGAAGGUACCCAAUGACAUUACAGGGCUGCAUCUUGCCGCGCAGGUCGGGCUUGUGGAUAUUAUCAGGCACUUCAUGGAAAGGGGGUACCGGGUAAAUGAUAAAGACAGCCAUGGUCGGACUCCACUAUCAUGGGCAGCAGCAGAAGGGCAUAGUGAAGUUGUGAAAUUACUUCUCAGUUACAAGGAUACCGAAGCCGAUCUGAAGGAUAAGGAUGGACGCACCCCGCUGGGCUGGGCUUCGCUAGGAGGCCAUAAGGAGAUUGCGGAGUUGUUACUCGCCCAGGGCGACGUGGAUCCAAUGACGAAAAAUCUGCACGGGCAAACACCAUUGAUAUGGGCUUCCCGGAACGGCCAUUACGACAUUGUCGAGUUGCUCCUGAAUGCUGAAGUUGAUCCUGAUACAGAAGAUAAAUUCAACAGAACUCCAUUAUGGUGGGCAUUGAGGAAUGGCCAUCAUAAUACUGCGCGAUUACUACUUGAGGCUGGAGCUGAUCCAGAUCUGGAAGAAAGUAACGGACAAACUUUGAUUUCGAGAGCGCUGAACAGCAAGCACAAUGAGGUUGUCAUGAUGUUGCAAGAAAGAGGCCUGCACCACCCUCGCAGACCUGGACAGACAGCUUUGUCAAGAGCUGCAGAAACAUCUAGUCUAGCCAGAGUGUUAUUGCUUCUCAGGAAAGGGCAGGAUCCAGAUAACAAGGACUCUGACGGUCGAACACCACUAUCAUGGGCUGCACAGUCUGGUAACAUCAGUAUCAUGAAUCUCCUCCUCGAAGCAGGAGCUAAUCCGACGUUGAAAGGCGAUUGUGGCAGGACUCCUAUCCUAUGGGCUGUAAAACAUAGCCAGGUUGGAGCUGUCCGUCACUUACUUGGCUAUGGUGCAGACCAUAUGGAUAUUGACGGCCGAACGCCACUAUCCUGGGCCGCACAAUUUGGGGACAACUGUCUUGUAAAUGUCCUCCUUGAUCACGGUGCGAAUUUGGAAUUGCAGGACAACACUGGUAUGAGUCCUCUCUCAUGGGCGGUCAAAAAUGAUCAGAUGUCAGUCAUCAGCUCCCUACUUAAGCGUGGUUCGAACCCCAACUCCAGCGAUAUCGAGGGCCGAACUUCUCUUUUCUGGGCAGUACUGAAUAGGCAAGAGGAAGCUAUCUUGCUCCUGCUUGAGCAAGGUGCGAAUCCGAACUGCAAAGAUGAGAGUAGCCAAACUCCACUUUCAUUAGCCGUAAGGUGUGAACAAGAGGCUGCCGUUGUAACUUUGCUCAAGUAUGGUGCUGAUCCUAACAUGAAAGAUGAUAACAACGCAUCCCCGCUACUAUGGGCAACAACAUAUAGCCAACAAAAUCUGGUCAGGCUCUUACUUGCUAACGGUGCUGAUCCAGACAUUCCAGACAUUCACGGCCAGACUCCCUUCAUGCGGGCGGUUGUAACCGCCCAACAAGAAAUUGCUGAAGCGUUAUUGCAGCGCGGUGCAAAUCCAAACACAAAAGUGACAGCUUACGGCACAACAGCCCUUCACUGGGCAGCAUCUCGCCGCGAUGAAUCACUGAUUAGGCUUCUUCUCGAGAAGGGCGCGGACCCUAAUUGUGCAGAUGCUGUCUAUGGCCAGACACCGUUGUUGUGGGGAGUAGAGCAUGGGCUAAACCAAGUCAUUCUACUUUUGCUUGAGAAAGGUGCGGACCCUAAUGUCACAGAUAUCAAUGGACAGACCCCGAUGUCAUGGGCAGAGUAUCGCGGACUAGAGGAUCUCGUGAAGGUAAUGGCUGAGUACGGCGCCACUUGCUGA